CCUACUCUCCUCCUCCUUUCUCUUAAACAAUGCUCCUCAUCACAAUCCAACACUGUCUUUUCUUCUCCGAAAUUUUGAGAAUCUCUACACAGUACGCACAGAGACGCAAAGGAAGCGAAGAAAAGCAUUUGUUUAUUUGCUUGCUUUUAUGCUUUAAUGUCUCCAAACCCAUUGCGUUGUCGUAAUUAAAACCAACAAAAAGAAUAAAAAAAAAAUGCCCGUCUUAGCUUCAAAAGGACUAUGGGAAUUGUUUUCCGCAUAUGUUCAUCGCUGAUUACCAGCUUCGCUGCCGAUCAAAGCUAGGGUUUUCGAAUAUCUUUCCAGUUUUCUUUGUUUUUCGAUAUUAAAACUGGAUGGAGCAGUGGCCGUUCCACGACGGCAACGUGCACAAUCUACUCGUCAACAGGCGCAUCGACUUUGGCCACGAUGUUGGUCAUAGUUUGCAGAUGCAUUCGUCUCUGAUUCGUAGGCUUUCAAUGGAACAAGAAUUGGAGGGACAUCAGGGCUGUGUAAAUGCUGUGGCUUGGAAUUCAAAUGGUUCACUUUUGAUUUCUGGUUCUGAUGAUGCACUGAUAAAUAUUUGGAGCUACUCUGGUCGAAAGCUUUUGCAUUCUAUAGAGACUGGUCAUUCUGCUAACAUAUUCUGUACAAAAUUCAUUCCUGAAACUUCUGAUGAGCUUGUAGCCUCUGGAGCUGGGGAUGCAGAGGUUCGAUUAUUUAACUUGUCCCGCUUAAAUGGCCGAGGGUUCAAUGAUGGUGCUAUUACUCCGUCAGCACUCUAUCAGUGUCACACAAGAAGAGUUAAAAAAUUGGCGUUUGAAGUUGGAAACCCCAAUAUGGUAUGGAGUGCUAGUGAGGAUGGAACUCUGAGACAGCAUGACUUUCGAGAGGGCACUUCCUGUCCUCCAGCUGGAUCUUCUCACCAAGAAUGUCGCAAUGUUCUACUUGACUUACGUUAUGGGGCAAAGAGGUCACUAGCUGAUCCUCCUAGGCUUACUCUGGCCUUGAAAUCAUGUGAUAUCAGUUCUACUAGACCUCAUUUACUCCUUGUUGGUGGGAAUGAUGCAUUUGCCCGGCUAUAUGAUAGAAGGAUGCUGCCACCAUUGACCUCCUGCCGGAAAAGAAUGUUACCACCUACUUGUGUUAAUUAUUUCUGCCCAAUGCAUCUCUCUGACCGUGGACGUUCAAGUUUGCACUUAACUCAUGUUACCUUCAGCCCUAAUGGAGAAGAGGUUCUUCUUAGCUAUAGUGGGGAGCAUGUAUAUCUAAUGGACGUAAAUCAUGCUAGUGGGAGUUCAAUGCAAUAUACCUCAGGAGAUGCUUCAAAAUUGAUGACCUUCACUCCUGUACUAAAUAAACUAGAGCACCGACCACCUCUUUCCGGCGUCUUCCAAAAUGGUCUCCGGAGUAGAGGCAAAACUGCUGCUGGAAUUGAAAAAUGCAGGAUGUUGGUUGAAAUUGCUAAGAGAUCAUUAGACAACGGGACAAAUAUUUUUCAUGCAAUUGAGGCAUGCAAUGAAGUCUUGGAUGGACAUGGUAUUGAUAUUGGGCCCACACUCAGGCUUGAAUGCUUUUGUACACGUGCUGCCUUGUGGCUUAAGCGGAAGUGGAAAAACGAUGCCCAUAUGGCCAUUAGAGAUUGCCAUAAUGCUCGAAGAAUAGAUAGUUCUUCCUUUAGAGCUCAUUAUUGUAUGGCGGAGGCUUUAGAACAGUUGGGAAAGCAUAAAGAAGCAUUAGACUUUGCUGUUGCAGCACAAUAUUUAUCUCCAUAUGAUACUAUGGCCGCUGAGAGAGUGGAGAACAUUAAAAAACAUCUUGCUGCUGCUGAGGCUGAAAAAAGUAACAAGGCAAGUGAUGGAUCACAUAAGGGUGAACCUAGAACUGGAAGGGUAUUGUCGUUGAGUGACAUACUAUAUCGCUCAGAAGCUAACAGUGAUGCUUUACAAGAUGGUCCAAGAUCUGAAAGAGAAGACUCUGAUUUUAAUGAGGAGCUGGAAUUAGAUUUUGAAACUUUAAUAUCAGGUGAUGAAGGGCGUGAUGUUGAAUCCAACAUAUUUCAUGGAAGUUUAAAUCUUAGAAUUCAUCGAAGAGGUGAUUCAACUAGAGAAACUGGUGCAUGUGGAUCUCCUUCCUCGUCAUCACAAAAUGGAGUGGCUUAUCAGCCCGAGGCGGUAAUUGAUAUGAAGCGGAGAUAUGCUGGGCACUGCAAUGUUGGAACUGACAUCAAGCAGGCGAGUUUCCUUGGUCAGAGAGGUGAAUUUGUUGCUAGCGGCAGUGAUGAUGGAAGGUGGUUUAUUUGGGAGAAGCAGACUGGUAAAUUGAUAAAAAUGCUUCUUGGAGAUGGCGUUGUUGUAAACUGUGUUCAGAGCCAUCCAUUUGAUUGCUUUGUGGCAACUAGUGGUAUUGACAACACAAUAAAGUUAUGGACUCCAAGUGCUGCUGUCCCAUCAAUGGCUGCUGGUGGGUCAGCAGGGCCAGAAGCUGCGAAUGUGUUAGAGGCAAUGGAAAGUAAUCAACAGAAAUUAUGUUGUAAUCGUGAAGCUUUCUUGCCCUUUGAACUUUUGGAGCGAUUUCGGAUGCAUGACUUUUCUGAAGGAUCCUUGCAACCUUUUGAGUGUGCACAGACAUAGCCAGCUUUUUAGCUCUUAACAAAGUAUGCAGAGAAGAGGAGUAGAUUGAGCUUUUGGGGGGAUUUAUCAUAAACAAAGUUUACAACAAGGUUGAAUAAAAUAGUACAAGGAGCCUCCAUCAAUUAAUUGUAAGCCAGCUCUCAAUCAGUUUAAAUAAUGUUAGAUGUUCUUUUUUUCUUUUCUAGCAUAUAUUCCCCUCCAUUUUGUCUUAUCCCGAAGAACAAAACAUUGGAGUUGUAUGUAGAAUCGUAGAUUGUUGGAGAUGGUGAUGUAAAUAGUGAUCGAAUGAGGAUGGUUUGUGUCAGCCAUAUUGUUGUAAAUGUUGGUUCAGUCCGGAAAGGAUCUCUUCUUUACUGAAUUAUGAUGAUAGAUAUUCAUUCAGUCACCAUGACUUUUUCAACCAAAGAGAAUCAAUUUGUUGGAAAUGAUCAAACAGUGGAAGAGGUGGGGUAUCCCUACAUUUGUAAAUAUAUGUAUGGUCACACUUUCUUGAAUUCGGGAUGGUCGUGUCACCAUAUUCAAUGGACAAGGUUGCUUGUGUUGUGUUUAUCGUAUAA